AUGGGGGUGGGCGAUUACGUCCACUCCAGAGAUGCUGGGCCGCCUCGUGCCCCGGGCAACUUGCCUCCGUCCCAGCGCCAACUACGGGCUGAGCAAGCAAAAGUGGAAGUUCCCAGCACCUACUUCAACGAGCCCGUUGCGAAUGGCCGUGGUAUGUCGCGAAUGUUUCAGGCUUCUCCAGUGCCCUCGGAUCAAUCUCGUGAUCUUCCUGAAAACGUACCACCCCUGGCAAAUAGAGGCGGUGGUCGACGGGACGCGUUUGAUACCGAUGUCGAGGCAAUCGAUGAUUCAACUAUUGCUGGAAUCAGCGUGUUUGGUUUUGAUGAUCGACAAUCCCAAGCACCAUCGACGGUGAAUGCCGGUGGUGAAACUACGUCGCCUCGGCCUUCUUACUUGCCCCGGCCCACACGCCGCUCUGGCAGGUCUUCCUUCUACGGAGGCCUUGGAGAUAAAGCUAUGAAGAAGGCUGGAUUUGACACUUCUGAUGACGGUGAAGAUACAGCUAGUCAAUUGACGUCGUCUAUCGGAGGAGAUGACGAGAUGACAGAAGUGCUGCAAGAGCCUAUCAAGCCACCAGCGCCAGCCAUGCCUGAAGAGCCGAUGACCUCUACUGAAACCAGAGAAUCAGGCGGCUGGUACUUACCCCAUAAGAAUCGAUCUGGAGAAGAGCCACUGAGCAAACGCCUGGAGAAUUUUUGGUCAGCGAGCAAAAGAGCAUCGCAGUCCAUCGAUCAAGCUCAAGCAGAAGCACGUCCAUCGCCUCCUAUGGAUGUCGUCCUUGAUGCUCAACCACGCAAAUUGGGCCACAUGCUUCCGCCACCUGGAGCCAGGAAGAUCACUCUCCCGCAUAGUAUCACGGGAACUCCGAGAACACGUUUCAGCCCCCCGAAACCCUCUCUCCUUGAGCAACUAGAGAUAUCACCAACUCGACGUAGCUCUGAGCGACAUGGCUCCGAGCCACCGCCUCAGGCUGGACGAAUGCUCGGCAUGACAUUUCACCCAGCAGAGCACAGCGACGAUGAGAGCCACCACGAUAACGAAAUUGACGAAACGAUCCGUAUCAGCAGCAGACGACACAGCGGACACUCCACUCACGCCUUUGACAUCACCACCAUGUCCGAUCUGGACCACGAGGACGACGAAACAACCCACGACCCAUUCCUCAGUCACCAAUCCUCCGCUAGACGUGGUCGCCGAAACACAGUCAUCAAGUCAAAGAAACGUCAACUGGAAGCAGAUUACCCCCCACAACUACUCUACCAGAAAUCCUUCACAGACCUCCAGGCCGAACCUUUCGAUAAAGCGCCUACACCCAUCCCCUCCCCUCCAGCAAAGUCACCCUCCCUACCCCCAAACACCAGCCUUAUACCCAAUAACCACUCACCCGACGACACGGUAUUCCAACUCCUCAAACUGCCGGAGCAAGACCGACAGGCUUACCUAUCUCACAUGUCCGUCGAGGAAUGGGAAGACUGUGGUGAUCAACUGAUCGACCGAUUCAGCCACCUUCUCACUGAGAUGAAAAAGCUGCGUCGUGCGCGCCGUCGUACAGCGGCGGUCUUUGAAGCUGAAGUCAAGCGUCGCCAUGAACUUGUCGAGGCGCAGGAUACGGAGUUGUCGACUAAGUUGAAUGAAAUGAGAACUGGAGGUGCUGAGGUCUUGCGGGGUCGAAACACAUGA